GCAGGGUGUAGAAUGCUGGUUCCAGUGAGACUAGGCCUGCCUCCGUGACCUUUGCCACCAUCAUGCUGUGCCUCUGGAGGGGAAGGCUGAAGGUGUUGCUUGCCACACUGAUGCUGGUGUUACUCAUCUCAUGGCUCUAUUUCCUUUUGGGCAAUCUGGAAUAUGGGCCUUCCCUCCUGCCCUCCCCUUGCUUUGGGGAACAGCCGAAGUGGUACCUUGACAAUGAGGCCUUGGCAUCCCAGGUGCGGAAGGUGGAAGAGGAAAACCACCUCUUGCGGCUGCAACUUAUCCAGUCUCAGGCUCAGGAAGGGAUUGACAGCAACCAACAGGGGUCGUCUUUUGUAGAAGACCAGGAUGUUCUUGGUGACAAAAGGAGUAACCACACUGGCUGUCUUAAGCAAAGGAUGGUACAAAAGUGUGAGCUCAUCCACAUUGCAAUUGUGUGCGCUGGGUACAAUGCAAGUCGAGAUGUAGUUACCCUGGUGAAAUCCAUCCUCUUCCACAGGAAGAACCCUCUCCACUUCCAUCUCAUUACUGAUCGUGUGGCGCAGAAGAUCCUUCAGACCCUGUUCCAGUCCUGGAUGGUGCCCUCUGUCCAUGUUAGCUUCUACAAUGCUGAUGAUUUGAAGGCAGAGGUGUCCUGGAUCCCUAACAAACACUACUCAGGAAUCUAUGGGCUGAUGAAGCUGACUCUCACCAAGGCUCUACCCUCUGACCUCUCCAAGGUCAUUGUCUUGGACACAGAUAUCACCUUUGCCACUGACAUUGCUGAAUUGUGGGCUGUCUUGGGGAAGUUCUCAGACAAAGAGGUGAUUGGGCUGGUGGAAAACCAAAGUGAUUGGUACCUUGGGAAUCUCUGGAAGAACCAUAAACCAUGGCCAGCAUUGGGACGUGGUUUUAACACAGGAGUGAUCCUCUUGCUGCUGGACCGCCUGCGCCGAAUUGGCUGGGAGCAGAUGUGGCGUUUGACAGCAGAACGGGAGCUCAUGAGCAUGCUGUCCACAUCUCUGGCAGAUCAGGACAUCUUUAAUGCAGUGAUUAAGCAGAGCCCGAUGCUGGUAUAUCAUCUCCCUUGCUUCUGGAAUGUGCAGCUCUCUGAUCACACCCGUUCAGAACAGUGCUACACAGAAGUGUCCGAUCUCAAGGUGAUUCACUGGAACUCUCCAAAGAAGCUGAGAGUGAAGAAUAAGCAUGUGGAGUUCUUCCGGAAUCUUUACCUGACCUUUUUGGAAUAUGAUGGCAACUUGCUGCGUAGGGAACUCUUUGGAUGUGCCAGCCUGCCUGGUUUGUCUAGUGGUCAGUUUCAGCAGGCCCUGGAAGAGCUGGAUGAAGAUGAUCCUUGCUAUGAUUUUCGGAGGCAGAGCCUUAUCCAGCACCGUGUGCACCUCUUCUUUCUGCAGUAUGAGUAUCCAGCUUUAACUGAUGCAGCUGAUGUAACCCUUGUAGCUCAGCUAUCUAUGGACAGGUUACAGAUGUUGGAGGCCAUUUGCAAACACUGGAUUGGCCCCAUCAGCCUGGCAUUGUACAUGUCUGAUGCAGAGGCCCAGCAGUUCCUGCGCUAUGCCCAGGCCUCGGAGGUGCUAAGUAGCCGCAGGAAUGUUGCUUAUCAUAUUGUGUACAAGGAGGGUCAGUUUUACCCCAUCAACUUCUUGCGCAACAUAGCAUUGAAGAAUGCACAGACGCCUUAUGUCUUCCUGACUGACAUUGACUUCCUGCCUAUGUAUGGCCUCUAUGAUUACCUCAGGACCUCCAUCUUGCAACUGGAGCUGCCCCAGAAGAAGGCAGCUCUAAUUGUGCCUGCUUUUGAAACACUACACUAUCGCCUCACCUUCCCGAAAUCCAAAGCAGAUCUGCUUUCCAUGCUGGACAUGGGCUCUCUCUAUACCUUCAGGUACCACGUGUGGCCACAGGGCCAUGCCUCAACAGACUAUGCCAAGUGGCGGACAGCCACAGUGCCAUAUCGUGUAGAGUGGCAGCCACACUUUGAACCUUACGUUGUAGUAAGGCGUGACUGCCCCUUAUAUGAUCAGAGAUUUGUUGGCUUUGGCUGGAACAAAGUGUCCCACAUGAUGGAACUUGAUGCCCAGGAGUAUGAGUUUCUGGUGCUGCCCAACGCCUUCAUCAUCCAUAUGCCUCAUGCCCCUAGUUUUGACAUCUCCAAGUUCCGCCUGAGUUCUAGUUACCGGGACUGUCUGGGAACCCUGAGGGAAGAGUUCCAUCAGGAUCUAUCACGCAAGUAUGGUGCUGCUGCCCUCAAAUACCUCACUGCUGAGAGGAGCCUAUGAAUGAUUACUGGAGCCCUCAACUUGUCUGCACAAGGCUCUACUAUGGCCUGCCCGUGGGAGAAGGCUCUUGUUUCCUGGAGAUUUUCAAAGUCCAUCUUUGGCUGAUAGCUUGGUGGUACACUGCCUGGGCAGCAGCUAUGAAUAUAAUGAACACCAUCAUUCAGGGCCAUAAAGAAUUGGUGGCAAACUAAUCUAAAUUCUGCUCACAGACAAAAUUAGAUAAAUUAGACAAAAUAUACAUUCCUAGUCAUCUGCUUCAUUGCAUAUUUUCACUUCCAAGUUAAGGUUUUCUAACAAUUCUGGACUUGUUCUUUGGAG